AUGGCUCGAUCUCGAUCGGCGUUCCGCACCGCGAGCAAUGCGACCUCUGAAUCAUCUUCGUCGAGUUCACCGGAGCGCGCAGUCUACGAUGAUACCGACUUCUCCAUGGCACAGGGCAACGACUCCGACUCGUCUAUCGGUGCUUCGACAUUUCGUGAGAUGACGGUAGAUACACGAGAGCAAGAGAUUUGUGGGCCGCCGAUCAGCAGACUUCCUCCCGAAAUAUUCAUCGCCAUAUUUGCGAAGCUAGUGUCCCAGAACGAUCUCAGAAACUGCAUGCUUGUGUCAAAAUCUUGGGCAAGGAACAGUGUGGAGCUCCUGUGGCAUCGGCCUCUUUGCAAUGAUUGGGGUCGUCUGGAAAAUGUGAUUCGCACCGUACAAAUGCCAAACGCAUCUUUUGCGUACCACGAGCUUGUCAAGCGGCUGAACCUCUCGGAGCGAAGCUUGACGGACAAGAUUAGCGACGGCACCGUGCGGCCGCUUCAUGUUUGCAGGCGGGUGGAACGACUGACGUUGACCAACUGCAUCCGCCUGACUGACCUCGGUGUUACCUCUCUGGUCGACGGCAAUCGGUCGCUCUUGGCGUUGGACGUCUCGGGCGUGGAUUCGAUUACUGAUAUUUCAUUGCUUACCGUGGCGUACAACAGUACACGGUUGCAAGGCCUCAACAUUACAGGGUGCCGCAAGGUCACAGACGAUUCCUUAAUCACAGUCUCGCAAAGUUGCCGACAUAUUAAGAGGUUAAAACUAAACAAAUGCGCGCAACUGACGGACAAGUCCAUUAUUGCAUUUGCCGAUAACUGCCCGCAACUUCUCGAGAUUGAUCUGCAGGAAUGCAAGCUCAUCUCGGGCGAGUCUGUCUCUGCUCUAAUUAGCAGAAGUCAUCAGCUUCGUGAGCUGCGGCUGGCCCAAUGCUCACGUAUAACGGAUGAUGCGUUUCUCCGCCUGCCUUAUGAUCGGACGUACGACAGCCUCCGGAUACUAGACCUGACGAGCUGCGAUCAGCUACGAGACGAGGCGGUGCAGAAAAUUGUCACCGCUGCGCCUCGACUUCGCAACCUGACCCUCGCCAAGUGCCGACAGAUUACAGACCGAGCCCUUUUGUCAAUAGCAAAACUUGGCAAGAAUCUGCAUUUGAUCCACCUUGGCCACUGCCAGAACAUUACCGAUGGCGCCGUAGUCCACUUAGUGAAGAUGUGCAACCGUAUCCGUUACAUUGAUUUGGCAUGCUGCCAUCGUCUCACCGACGUGUCGGUCCAGCAGCUAGCAACGCUGCCAAAGCUCCGACGGAUAGGCUUAGUGAAAUGUCAAAAUGUCACUGACCGGAGUAUCCUUGCACUUGCCAAAGCAAAGCCUGGGCCGCAUGGAUCCGUCCUUGGCGCUAGCUGCCUUGAAAGAGUCCAUCUCAGCUACUGUAUCCAUUUGACUCUUCAGGGCAUCCACGCACUUCUAAAUCAUUGUCCCCGAUUAACCCACCUUAGCUUGACUGGCGUUCAAGCUUUCAUCGCACGUGAUGAUCUCACCGUCUUUUGCCGUGCUGCUCCAUCAGAAUUCACCGACCAUCAACGAGACGUCUUCUGCGUCUUCUCCGGCGAAGGCGUCAAGGAUCUCCGCAACUACCUCAACCAAGCCGCUCUCCAAUACGAAGCCGAGGGAACGCGCUUCAAUGACGACGCAGACGAGUCAGAAUCCGAAAUCGUCAUGGCCACGACCCCGCAUGUCGCUGCCUCGCAACACGUCACGAACUUGCUCAAUGCCACUGGACUGGGCGAGCCAGAAGACGCCGACGAAGAUCUCGGCGAGGGCAGCGAAAACGGCCACGAAGAACAGGGAUAG